AUGGAUAGCAGGUCUAUCUUGAAUACAGCACCACACGCACAGCCGAGCGCGCCGUUACCCGGGUCAACCUACGAAACCGCAAUCGAUCUAUCGUCUUCACCUUCAGAAGCGCCCCUUCAAAGACCCCGCGAGGGCCGCGACAGCCGGCGGAGCUCAUGGUCUCGUGGGGAUACUCAAUAUGGGGAUUACAACCGGCCGCGAUGGCAGCCGGAUACGGAGGUGACAGAAUGCCCUAUCUGUCGGACGACGUUUAGCUUCUGGUAUAGGAAGCACCACUGUCGGAAGUGCGGUCGGGUUGUUUGCGCGUCAUGCUCCCCUCAUCGGAUCACAAUUCCGAGACAGUAUAUUGUCCAUCCCCCCGCUUCUGAUCGGCCCAGCACUUCUGCUAUUGCGCAACGCGCAACGCAGAUUGCCAACCUGGAAAGAGACGAUUCUGCACAGCCACCAGUGGCCCUGAACCCAGCUCUAGGUGGCGGCGCGGAAGUGAGGUUAUGUAACCCCUGUGUCCCUGAUCCGAACCCGGAGCCACCUGCUGGAUAUCCCCCUGUACGACCGCCUGGUGAAAUCGGGCCAGGUUCAGAAUGGCCGCGGCAUCGGUCAUAUCACUCGCUAUCCACUCCAUCUCGUCAACAUCAUGGCUCGAUUCCGGAUAUUUUCACAUCUAGACCUUCCCGUAGGACCGUGGGGUCUAGUGACUACCCUGCUUUCACUGGCUUCGGUGGCUCGUACGGUUCCUCAUUCCAGGGCCGUCCUCUAAGUUAUGGUUCAGCUUCAAGUUCUCAUUUACCGCCUCUCAACGCGUCGAGACAUUCGUUUCACUAUCACAGGACAAGCUCACUGAAUGCUCCAGCUGUGCAACCUGAGCCAUCUUCGAGCAGACAGCGCGGUUCGUCGCGAUCCUCUCGGCAGGUGGAUGAGUGCGACCUCUGUCCAAUCUGCGACAAUGAGCUACCGGCUAUUGGCGCGAAUGGAAAUGAGGAUGCUCGAGAAGCGCAUAUUCGGGAUUGCAUUCUGAACCACGGCCGCCCGCCGAGCGGAACUCCAGUUUCACAGUCCCCGCUUCCUGUACGGAUGCUCGCGUUCACCGCGACUGAGAAGGAUUGCGUCGGGCAAGAUGGGACAGAACAAGAAUGCACGAUUUGCAUGGAAGAGUACGAGGUUGGGCAGUCUCUUGUCCGCCUCGAGUUUCCUCCAAAGGUUCAAAGGGCGUCUUGGACUUUGACAGCGCAGCUUCUGGAAGCAUUCCUUCGUCAUCUUGGGCAUCCUAGCGACUGGACGUCAUCUUUAUCGAGCUCUGUUUGCUCCAUCGAGCUUUGUUUUGCGGCUGCAACUUGCCGGUCGGCCGUCGGAGACCGAAUCCACCGUGCCCCGACAACACAGCGCGCCUUGCACCCACCGCGUCCGGACAGUAUAUUAAUAGCUGACACUCCGCAAGCGAUCAAGUCCCCGCAAUCGAUGGAGAUUGAUCCGCGAUUACACAGGGGUGAGACCAGCUCCGAGAGCGCGGAAUCAGACUCCGAAUACCCCGAGCCCCCUUCUCAGCCAUUACAUCAACACCUGGCUUCGACAGCCCUGAACCCGUACCACCACGCCCAAUCGGCGCAAUUGGCUUAUACAGGGGAUCCCUCGCCGGUCUACCGCGCCCACGUUUCACCACAGCAUGAGUACGAUCCCAAUGAUCCCAACUCGGACCCUAAAAGACCGCGCGCCUGUGAAUCCUGCCGGCAGCUGAAAGUCCGAUGCGAGCCCGACCCCAACCCAGACAACCCGUGCAAGCGGUGCGCCAAAGCCGGCCGUUCAUGCAUCGUGACGGUUCCGAGUCGGAAGCGCCAGAAGAAGACAGAUAGCCGCGUCUCGGAGCUGGAGCGCAAGAUUGAUGUGUUAACGGCCACGCUGCAUGCCACGCAGAAGGAGAAGGUUGAUGCGCUCUUGCCGUCAAAGAACACCGCGCAAGCUUCCUCUUCAUCGCUCCUAAGAAGCGAGGAGAAUAUGGGCCGUCGCUGGCUGGUGCCAGGGCAGAGCCACUCUGAUCGUUCUAUUUCCGUCCCCUCAGGACCAGGGCCCUCGGGAAACAAGCGCCAUCAUGGCGGGGAGUACAAGGACCGGGAUGCAACUGCUACGCAGUCCACGCCGUCGCAAGCUAGCAACCCUAGCCCCGCGACGGACAAUACAGAUAAUUCGGGGAGAAAGUGGCCUGCUCCGUGGACGGGUUGGUCUUCCUCGAAACCUGGCGCGAAGGAAACCGCUGUUGACCCUGAUGUCAUCAAUAGAGGACUCGUGAGCUACGCUGUCGCCUCGGAUUCCUUUAAGCGCUAUGUCGAUUCGAUGUCCACCCACGUACCGAUGGUGGUUUUUCCACCUGGCACGCAGAUGGACGAAGUUCGCAAAAACAAGCCAAUGCUGUUCCACGCCAUUGUCGCCAUUGCCAUGGGGCCGUUUGAACCGGGCGCGCAGCAUACGGUGUUUGUAGAGUUCUACAGGACAGUGGCGGAGCGGGUGUUUGUGAAAGGCCAGAAGUCACUUGACCUAAUGCAGGGAAUACUUCUAGCAGUGGCUUUUUACAGACCCCCUGAGAAUUACGACGAGAUCAAUUUCUUUCAAUUGGCGCAGCUGGCUGUGUCUAUGGGGAUGGAUAUUCAAAUGUACACGAAAUCAAAGAAAAAGCCGUUUACCCUGAUUCGUGAAUUUGCGAAGCAGUCCGCGAUUCCGUAUCCCGACUCGGCAGAGGUACGACGGACUUGGCUGGCGUGCUACUUUAUAACUGCCCAGGUGUCGAGCGCACUGAGACGACCGAUUCUUGUUCGAUGGCUCCCGUAUAUGGACGAGUGUGUAGAGAUCUUGGAAAACUCGCCAGAUGCUUUGCCUUCGGAUAAGAAAAUGGUACACUGGGCAAAGUUGGGGAGAAUUAUAGAGGAUAUCAGUUCGCGAUUCUUCUCCGACGAGCUGGGCAGUCUAUCAUACUCCGACCCCAAGUCCUUGUUCACUAUAAGAGCGUUCGAGAAGCAACUGAAUUAUUGGGGAAGAGAAGCGCUCAGUAAAUACGACUCGAGUUUGAUGUCACAAGCGCAAGCCAUCGUCACCAUCUACCUUCACGAAAAUGCCAUGGCACUCGACCCCUUCGGCGAGACCGAGCCCAAACACGCCGACAUUACAGACCCUACCGCAGCCGCUCGCGUGACGGCCCUGAGCUCGACCCUCUCAGCCAUCCACGAAGCUCUAGACAUCGUCGUGGCCAUCUCACCGAAGGAACUAAUCAACCUGCCGACCUUUGUGCUUGCCAAGACAACAUACUCCUUCGUCUCGCUAAUCAAGCUGUACUCGAUCGUGACCGCGCCAGACUCGUAUAUAGGACAGGUCAUUGACCCUAAAGCAUUAUAUGUGGAAUGUUACAUGGAUAAGGUCAUUGCGCACUAUACCGCUGCCGGAUCCCUCGCAGGUGGCGUCACGCCGGGCAAGUUCACGACGCAUAUGACCAUGCUGAGGAGCAUGUUCAAGGCGCGCAAAGAGCAGGAUAUAUUGUCGAGGUCCGCGCCUCACGUCGCAAAAGAGAAGACCGGACAGGAAACGAAUCAGGCAAUGGUUCAAUCAAAACCGCAGGAUAAAACCCCGACCCCUCUCCACCUCCUCAGCGAGGUCUCUACCGGCGAACCAAACCAGAACCAACCACAACAAUACCAGCAAGCAAAAUCACGCACCUCCGGUCCCAGCUUCCCCAAUAACUCCCCAGACCAAAGCGCAAAUACCAGCACCAACAUAACCCAACCGGGACUCCCCGCUCCCAUGAGCUCACAACUCCCCGCACAAACACCAACGCCCACCACAAGCACAAACCCAAAUCCAAACCCUCCCACCAGAGACUCCGCCUCCUGGGCUUCCUACUCUCAAAGUCAAGGCCAAUUCUACCCAGCCCAACCACCACCACAAUUCGACCCCGCAACUACAACACCCAACCCGCAAACCCAACCCCCCAACACAGCCGCAACCCUCGCACCGGGCUACUACACAGACCCAAACAUGCCCAUGACGAUGGGCAUCCCCAUGGACAGCACGAUCCCCGGUACGAUGGGGAUGAGCAUGGGCAUGGGGAUGGGCAUGUACGCGCCCGAUCUGGGCGUCGGCCUCGACGACCACUUCUUCAACUCGCUGGGCCUCAAUCUCGACUUCGGGAAUAUGGGCGGCGCCGGGGAGAGCGGGGGUGGGAAUGGGACCGGGAAUGGGAUGCCCGCUUGGAUGCCGCAGGGAAAUGGAAGCUGGCAGAUGUGA